UUUCAUUCAAAUAAAUAGAGUUUUGUGUACAUUAUAGGAAAACAAUAAAAUGCAGCUCGAAUUAACAAGAAUAAACUAUGGAAGUGUCAACACAACAUUACCCAAUUGUUUAAAAUUAUUACCAACAAGAACUCCAAAAAAACAACAAAAGAUUGCUGUUGGUGAUUUGGAUGGCAAUUUUCAAAUCUUCAGUGUUAAAGCAUCCGAGGUGCAACUGACUUACCAAAACUAUAUUGGAUCAAAAAUAUCAAGCGUUCAAAUAAGUGGAGUUGAAGGGACAUUAUUGGAUAAAAUAUUUGUAGCUUCCGACUACGUAAUCAAAGCAUUUACGAAAAAGGGCAAAAUGUUUUUGACAUUUGAUACAAACUUAACUGAACCCUUAAAAUCCAUGUUUGUUUCCGGAGCUGACUUGUUUAUUUGUGGGAAUCAUGUUUAUAGCCACUAUCGAGACUGCAAGGAAAUUGGAACUUAUUUAUGCGGAGACACAAUAGUAGAUGUUGCUGCACUUUGUCUCAAUAAUACAAAUCGAAUCCUAACAGUUUUAGCCUGCUCUGGUCGAGUUUUGCGCAUAUUAGAGAAUUGUCGUGUUCGACAAAUAGUAGAAGUAGAUAGCGUUCCAACAGUUCUGCACGUCUUAAAAAACGUACUUGGUAAUCGAAUUCUUUGUGGGUUUACAGAUGGGAAGAUCAUACUUUAUAAUUUUGGACAAUUUGCUAGGGAAAUCAAGCAAAGAACAAUAGUAGAUGCUACAUCCAGGACAAGCGCCGUCACAUGCAUUGACACCUAUGAUUUGCUUGGAGACGGAGUUCAUAGCCUUAUAGUUGGAAGACGUGAUGGAACAAUACAAGUUUUUACUAUGGCUACUGAUGAAGACACGGAUAUUGAGUGCCGGCAAUUAUACAAUGAAUUAUUCUUAGAAAGCAUUUCAGCAGUACAAGGUGGAUGUGUUUUUUCGCAAGGUUGGUCUGAAAUAGUUGUACUUCUAUUCUCUGGAAAUAUAUUUGGCUUGACCACCCAAAUAAUUGAUGCAAGUCUUACCAAUAAGGAAACUGUCAAAAAACCUUUAACUCUUAAAAAUGCAAAAAAAGUUUCUGAUCCAAACGAUGCUAAAACAUCAAACGAUGAGAAAAUUUUAACUAGUCUACUUGAGGCAACCGACAUGAACCAGUCGUCUACAUCGAUUCAAAAUAAGUUAACAUCUGCGUUAUCAAGCAUUCAAGUGAAUGAUUCGCUGACACUUGACAAACACGAUAAAACCUAUAAUCUUUUUAUCGAAUUACCAGUUCCGAUGUCGGAAAUUAUACUGCAAAGUGACAUAAUGAUAAACAUAAUUAAAAUCGAACAUGAAGAACAUUUUACUAUUAAAGAAGUAGCAGAUCCACAGCAUAAUUACUUUAUACGAAAAAUAAAAUUGGAAGAGAACAUUAAUUCGUUUGAAAUGAAAUUUCAAACAAUAGAGGGCCAAUAUGGAAGUAUUGAAGCUUUAAUUGUUCCAAGCCAAACAACGCAUAAUGUUCAAACUAAAUCGUAUACAAUAAGACCACUUUCGUUACACUUUAGAAGUCAUAAAUUUGAUAUGUCAAGGCCCCUUAAUGUCCUUUCACUAAAAGGAUUAUUUUCGCAAUCCGAAAUGCAUCAUUGGAUUAGUCAAUGCAUUCCUGAAGUACCAGAACGUCUAUCAACAAUAGAAGUUUCCCAUCUAUAUUUUGAAAAUUCUCUCAUUGGAACAGUUCUUGAAUGCAAAUAUAGCAAGGGAAAUGCAGAAUUUCGGAGCGACAAUUUAUCAACAAUUUCGAUUCUCAAGGACUUUUUAACCAAGGAAGCAACAAAAAAACGGCUUAGACUAGAAAUUAUUACAGACAUCUCUGAGCCUUCAGUUGCUCAUUUCUUAAGAUUAAUAAGUGACUCAAUCACUUAUUGUUUUAAAAUAAAAAAAGAGUAUACUUUUUUACAAGCUUUGCUGCAAGUUGAUAUACGCAAUGAUUCCGAUUUUAACUCCCUUAUGCCGGAAUAUCAAUCGAUUUUAAAGAAGAGAACUCAGAUUGAAGAGGACUUUAAAAAGUCUAAAAUUAUAUUGGACAAAUACUUUGGAAUUGUGACCGACUUUUACAUGGACCGAUUUAAGUUUAAUGGAGUUAUCGUAAGAGAUAAAAUUCCAAAACUUUUGGAAGUCCUACAGAACUUCAAUAUGAACGAUUUACUUGAUAUGUUCAACACUUCCGAGCUAGGAGAUUCGCAUUUACAAAUAGUGUAAAAUUUUGCUAUAGGUAAAUGUGUAUAUGGUAAUUAGACUUUUUAUCAAGAACUAAAUUUUUGCACAUAUAUUGGAACAAUUUUUUGCAUUGAAAUUUAAGAAUGAAAUGUGUGUUUAGCAUUUAAUUGAUAUACUUACAUAUGUAUAUAAAUAUACCUAUGUAAUUCUUGACCCUAUUUAUUUAUUAAAACUUAAAUGUAGAGAUAGUAUUAAAAUAUUAAUCUUAUUUAAGUUCAUACAAUUUUUUUAUUUUUUUUCUGUUUUCAAUAAUUGAAAAAUAUUUGUUUAGUGGUAAAAACAUGUUUUUAUCUGUAAAAUAAGAUAUUUACAAUAAACAUAAUUCGUAUUACAGCUUUGACAAAUA